AUGCAUGGGCUUGCAGAGGAUGCGUUGGAGGUGUUUUCUCUCUGGCCUCGAUUUCUUACUCAGCUAAAUCCACUGCUACAAGGUGAUGAAACAAUAAAUAUACUUCAAGCAGCAACAGAAAAGAAAGAUGAAGGCAAGGAAGGAGAAACAUUUUUUCAUGUUGUGCAAGCAUCUAUUCCCCAAGAAAUCAUUAUUGAGAUUCUGAGCUGGUUGCCCGUAAAGUCUUUAUUGACGCGGAAGUGUGUGUGCAAACAAUGGCAUGCGUUAAUUCAAGAUCGUUACUUCAUUGAAAAGCACAUGAGUCGAUCUACCCUGCAUAUCAGUUAUUGUUUAUUCAGAAUCAUUUAUUUGCGGGGAAAUCACAAGUUGAUCCAUGGUCGUGAUGGCUUAUCACUCGAGAGAAACUAUCGCACUCAGAACUAUUGUAUUAGGAAUCGAGCCACCUACCAAAGAUUGGAUCUACCUGACCCAUGUGAGGGUAGCCUUAGUUUGACUCUCUCUUAUAUUCCAUCCACUAGUGAUUAUAAAUUGGUUUCUAUAUCUUUGAAUUAUGAACGGUGGGAAGUUCGUACUGUUGGGAAGGAUAAGUCUUGGAGACCUUUUCUUUCUAAUUUGCAAGGUUGCAAUAUGAAAAGCCAAAGAGCUACGGUGGUUUCGGCAGGUUUGGCUGUUCACUGCAUGCGAAUUACUGAGGUCUGCUCAAAAUCUGCUGCAGAGGUAGUCUCUUUUGAUUUGGAGAGUGAGACCUUUACAAGUAUUGUGUUGCCACAUGAAUUGUUUUCAGAUUGGAAGAAGGUUCAGGCUUUAGAUUGGAAUGGGUUCUUAUCAUUUGCUGAAAUUUCACAGGAAAAUCUAAAUGUCAUGGUGUUGGAAGAUUACAAGAAGCUGAAAUGGGAUAAAUGA